GGUUAUCAAGAUCGUACUGCAUUCUCCAAGGAAAUGGUUCAAUACGCCAUGUGGAUAUGUGAAUGUAAUGGUAUUCAAUUCCAAUUCAGUUUAAACGGUGGCGAAGUGUCAUGCGGUCCGUAUCAUAUCGAUUUGGUACAAUUAGAUCAAAAUGGAGGCUUACCCAAAAAUGCAGUAGAAUACGCUGGGUGUGUCUUGCAUGGUUGUCCUAAAUGUUACGCCGACAGAGAUUUGGAUUUUCAUGGCUUUACAAUGGAUGACAGACAUCGAGAUUUUCUCAGUAAAAUUUGCUUUCUACGUGAACAGGGAUACAAAGU